GACAGUUACUUCAGAUGCAUGUGAUCUUUAUACGUGUGUUACUCUUUCAAGAACAAAGGUAAAAUACAGAGGAGAACAUCCACGUAUAAUGGUUCUCAGUAGGCUCAUGAAAGCUAAUAGAGCAUUCUCUAUGAGUAGAGUUGAAGAUUCGUAA